UCGAACCAGGGUCUUCGCGGACUGCAAGGUUUGAUAAAAGAGGUCGUAGUUUGCAAUACUCUUUUAAUAGCUAAGAGAGAACGGCAAAAUCCUGCAUGCACCAAGAGCUAAGAACAUCCUUUGAAACCAGAAAGGAUGCCGCUGAAAGCACAGCCAUGCCUGCUUCUAGGUCUGCUGCAGGAAUGGAAUACUGGGUCGAUGGAUCACACAGAGAAACUGCCCUUGAGGACCACUUCAGCCUUGGUCAGGAACUCGGGAGGGGUGGCACUUCUGUUGUUUACAUGUGCGAAGAGAAGCGUAAUCACAAACCUUAUGCAGCAAAGGUCUUGAAGAAGACGAUUGACAAGAAGAUUGUGAGAACAGAAAUUGGCGUUUUAUUGAGACUUUCUCAUCCAAAUAUUAUAAAGCUGAAAGAAAUAUUUGAAACAGGUACAGAAAUUGCACUGAUACUGGAACUAGUCACUGGAGGAGAGCUAUUUGACAGAAUUGUUGAACGAGGUUACUACAGUGAAAGGGAUGCUGCUCAUGUGGUCAAACAGAUACUUGAAGCCAUUGCGUACCUACAUGAAAAUGGAGUAGUUCAUCGAGAUCUAAAGCCAGAAAAUCUUCUUUAUGCUGAUAUGUCUCCAGAUGCACCACUCAAAAUCGCUGAUUUCGGACUGUCGAAAAUUGUUGAUGACCAGAUCACUAUGAAGACAGUGUGUGGAACACCAGGCUACUGCGCACCUGAAAUAUUGCGAGGUAACCCCUAUGGACCAGAGGUCGACAUGUGGUCAGUUGGUGUCAUCACUUAUAUACUGUUGUGUGGCUUUGAGCCGUUCUUCGACUCAAGAGGAGAUCAGUACAUGUACAGCAAGAUACUGAACUGUGACUAUGAGUUUGUGUCCCCUUGGUGGGAUGAUGUCUCAAUGAAUGCAAAAGACCUGGUUUGCAAGUUGAUUGUUUUAGAUGCACAGAAAAGGAUGACAGUACAUCAAGCUUUGCAGCAUCCAUGGGUGCGAGGGACUGCAGCCAACUUUGCCCAUAUGGACAGCACACAGAAGAAGCUGCAAGAGUUUAAUGCUCGGCGCAAGCUGAAGGCUGCCGUGAAGGCCGUUGUAGCUUCUAGUCGCCUUGGUAGCCAUGGGCACUAUGAUGGAUCCAGGAAUGAAAGGAUGAUGGAGAGUUCCAAACCUGCUGAUGGAGAAGAGUACUCCAACUUGUCAUAUCCAGAGAACAGUGCCCAUUGCAGCUGUGAUACUGUGCCCAAUACAAGUGAUCAGACAGUCAUACAGUCAUAUACUGUAGAUUCCCAGACUGGGAUUAAUGGGGUCAGUUUCACAGCCAAUACUAAACAUAAUUUAACAGAUAACCCCAUUUAGGACAAUGGAAGUUUGAUAUGAUUGAUAAAUAAUGAAUGCAACGGUACCAUUGAAGUAGACUGAUCAGUUUGCCUUAAAUAUAGGUAACCUGAUUCAUCACUAUUUAAUGUGACCAACAUAAAGUCUGUAUUAGCUAGAAUGUGUUUUGGUUUGAGUGUUACCUCACUGCUACAUCUGGAGGGUAUGCGUAAAAUAGAGGCUGUAGAGGAAAUCAGAAUUAGCUUUUGAGAAUGUUGUCAUCUGAAAGAAGAUUCUUAUUUUUAUUUUGUAGACAGUGUGGAAGAUGACCUGCAUGAGCUUGUGCCCUUUGCCAUGUAUCGUGCUUAUCGUGUUUUGUACCGUACCAUAACUAACAUCUCUGCAUGGAGCAAAAAGUAGAACUGAGUCAGAUACUUGUGCAAGAUAGAACAUUAUCCUAGAUCAUUUUUAAGUAAUGGGUGCAUUUUGUUCCUGUCAGUGUAAACAUUUGGUAUUUCAAGAUAUUGUCAAAUAAUUCUUUAACUUGUGCAGCAUUUCCAUAAUUUCGUUUAUCUUAUUUCAUAUUACUAGGCAGGACUGGACUCCUGCAGGUGUCACUGCGGAAUUAAAUGGGAGAUUGAAUCCUAGCAUAAAUUUAUAUUUACAUAAUCAUCAGAAAAGAAAACCUAUUGGUGCUGUGCAUUGUCUUAUCACUUUCAGGAAUGCCUCAAACUUGAGGAGAUAAUCAUUAAGUCAGUCAUAAGUGGAUUUAUAUUAAUAUAAUUAUGUAUAAACAACUCCUAAGGACCGGUCUCUAUAUUUUUGUACAUCAUAUUGUUUUCUGUAUGGGAAUAAGCCUGACUAGAUCUUUUCAGUUUAUUUAUUAAUUAUAUUCGACAGUUGGGUAGGUGGGCUGGUCAGCAGAUCCUUUUCAGUCUUGUGUAUUGGUGUACUGUAUUCCAUUAGUGGCUGUGUUUUUUGUCCAGUGUAGCCCCCUAAAAAAUAUUAACAAACAGCUCUACUUGUAUGAUAUCUACCUGCCUUCACCCAGUGCCUUGGAGAUAACAGAUGAUCCUCAGGGCCUAUGAGUGAGUGAACGACAUACUAAUAGAAUGUUGAUGUUCCUCGUGUUACC